GAAACAAACGGGAAGUGAGCGCCCAUUACAAAAAAUCGUUAUAAGCAGACCGUUGUUUCUCCAACUCUUGUCUAAUUCGGUAGUUCAUCAUUUUUCUCUCUGUUAGCAUCCAUGGGUAAAAGCAGUUCGAAGAGUGGCAAACCGAAAUUCGAAAAAGAAAUCGUUUUUAAGUCCAAGGAAGGAGAAGUGUUCAAGUUUCCUGCUAUUUACUACAACGACAACGAUAAAACGUUGUUUGCCUUUGCAGAGAAGCGGACAUCCCAAGAGGAUUCUGACGUAGUGGCUCUGGUCAUGAGAAAAGGGAAAGUGAACCGGAAGUCGGAAGUGAAGUGGUCAAAGCCCGAAGAAGUAGUGAGGAAGUGCUCCUGUGGAUCUCGUCCGAUUAACCCAUGUGUUGUGUAUGAAAAACACACACAGACACUGUUCCUUUUCUUCAUCUAUGUCAAUGAGACACGGUUAUGGCAGAUAGAGCAUCACGAGAACAAGGCCCGUCUGUGCUACAUCACAAAGAAGAAGAAGGACAAGAAGUGGUGUAAAUUUAUUGAAGUGACCGACCUGCGUCGUGCGUUUAAAAACUGGUCUACGUUUGCUAUUGGACCAGGCCACGGCAUUCAAACUAAGAGUGGCAGAAUGAUUGUUCCAGCUUAUGCGUUCACAAAAGACAAAGAACCGACUCCACAUGCAUUCUGCUUUUAUAGUGAUGAUUGUGGUAAGACAUGGGAAUGUGAGGAAAUGCUGCCUGAAACAUCGAUGGAAUGUGAGAUGACUGAAAUUGUGGAUACCACCAAAGGAGACUCCUUGAUCUACUGCAAUGCUCGCAGUUUGGGAGGCCAACGAGUCCAAGCUGCGAUAGAUCAGACUGGUUUCCAUACACUCACAAAUGUUACACCCCUUAAGGAACUACAGAACGGUUGCCAGGGGAGUGUGAUUUCCUUCCCAUCUCUGUCUGCAGAUGAAAAACCCACUCAGGAAGUGUGGGUACUUUUUUCACACCCAACAACUCAGACCUCAGAUUGGGAAAGAUUUGAUUUGGGAGUGUAUCUAAGCAUUUACCUUGUAAGAUCAGUUGGACAUUUUAAUUUAGCAUGGAGCCAACCCUGGGUCAUUAACAAGGGGCCCAGUGGUUACUCUGACCUGACCUACAUUGAAGAUGGCUGGUUUGCAUGUCUGAUGGAGUGUGGAGAGAAAUCUGCUACAGAUGAUAUAGCAUAUCAGGUGUUCAGCUAUGACGAGGCCCUGAAGGGCAUUGCAGGCUUCCAGACUUGAAAAAAUUGUAGCAUCAUCAUUCAGUUGAAGAAUAUUUUGUGUGGUGUAAUUAGUGCAAUGUAGACCUCAUGUUGAGUCCUUCAGCAGCUAUUAAACAUUCUUUUGAUGAA